ACGCAACACUUUCAAUAAUAGAAUCCAAUCCCCCCACAUUGAAGGCAGUCUCCUCCCCUGCAGCUACCUUCCAUUUUUCUUCUGAGCUUUUAAUUUUGCAUUAACUCUCCCUAUCUCCAUAGCUUAAUUGUAGCAAACACUCGUCUCUAUAUAACUUCACUAUUUUUCGCAGCUCCAUUUGGGCGAUGGGCGUAUUACACUGCCGCCAUCAUCAUUUCCAACACACACCCUCCUGCUUCUCUUUUGCUACCAUAGCCACAUUAACUUUCCUUUUGCUUACCUCUGUUGUUUCAGCUCUUCGUCUCAACCCCACUCGACGACUCAGUGGUGAGCAGCAAGAGGUGAUUGAGCGAGUUCUGCCUCAGAGAAAACUGAGUGGACCGGGUUCAUCACCACCCACCUGCAGAUCCAAGUGUGGAAGGUGUUCGCCAUGUAAACCGGUUCGAGUCUCCAUUCAACCCGGUUUUAGUUUCACUUUAGAGUACUACCCCGAAGCCUGGAGGUGCAAGUGUGGAAACAAUCUAUUCAUGCCUUAAAAGUAUAUUACUCUUGUUUCUUUCUUUUUAUUUGUUUCUAAUUUUGUUCUCCACGUCUAAUUAAUCACUUAUUCUACUUUCUUCACUGCCUAUAAUAUCGAAAUGCACCAACAAAAAGCAUGUACUAACUACUAAGUAUCAUAAACUUUGGCUAUAGUCUAAAUUAGAGCUUUUUAUUUUUAAUUUAAUUUUGUAAAGGUUUUUUCUCUGCUUAUUAUUCAAAGAAAAGAUUCUCCAAAUAAAAGAAAAAGUCAAAAGAACCA